UUCGUACAGUGUAGCCUAGUGUACAGCUUAUGGUUUUGAGGUCUGAGGAUCAUCAUAGGCCCUGCGUAAACUUCCCACGUGUGUAGGAUGAUUUCGUAGAGAGCUUCUGAGGGACGUGUGUAUCCCAGCCAGGAGAGGAAUGCCCCAGACUGUGUUCCCAGCAGCAGGCACCAUGUUCACCCCCAGUGGCUUCAGCCCCCACCUGGCCUCCACCUGCUCUGAGGCUGACCCUGAGGAGGAGGAAGGCCCCCAGGAGGCCAGAGGACCUGGGGCUUGCGUGGCCGACGGACCCCCCAUUACCUCCGCCUCUCUGGACACUCUCAUCCAGCACCUGGUGCCCACCGCAGACUACUACCCAGAGAAAGCCUAUGUGUUUACGUUCCUGCUGAGUGCUCGUCUGUUCAUCUCUCCCCCUGAGCUGCUGGCCAGACUCUGUGACACCUGCAUCAAACAACAGCAGUUGGACAACAGCAGUCCACUGGACACGGCUAAAGUGAGGAAGUUUGGUCCCAAGAUCCUGCAGCUGCUGACUGAGUGGACAGAGACAUUCCCCACAGACUUCAGAGAGGAGAAGAUGGUGGGCCUUUUCAAAGAUAUCAUCCACAGGAUAGCACCCUGUGAUGAGGCGUAUUGGAAGACACUGAACCAGGUUUUGCAGACGCUGAACCAGAAGCUGGCAGCCAUCGCCCAGGGAGAGGAGAGCAUUGUCAAAGUGAAUGCCUCCUCAGUCUCCUCAAUCUCAGACAAGCUGGUGGGCUUCAAGACCAAGCCUCCACCUAUCCAGAAGGAUAUACUGUCUAUCUGCAACGACCCAUACACACUGGCACAGCAACUCACCCAUGUGGAACUGGAACAUCUCAGUUAUAUCGGUCCUGAGGAGUUUGUCCAAGCCUUUGUUCAGAAAGACCCACUAGAUAGCACUCAGCCGUGUUUCAGUGAGCAGAAGAAGAAGACCACUAACCUGGAGGCUUACGUCAGGUGGUUCAACAGGCUGUGCUACCUGGUAGCUACUGAGAUCUGUAUGCCUGCUAAGAAGAAACAGAGAGCCCAGGUGAUUGAGUUCUUCAUCGACGUGGCCAGAGAGUGCUUCAACAUUGGCAAUUUCAACUCCCUCAUGGCCAUCAUCUCUGGUAUGAAUAUGAGUCCUGUGUCUCGGUUGAAGAAGACGUGGGGUAAAGCCAAGACUGCCAAGUUCUUCAUCCUGGAGCAUCAGAUGGACCCUACUGGAAACUUCUACAACUACAGAACAGCACUUAGGGGAGCCGUCCACAGGUCCCAGACUGCUAAUAGCAUCAGGGAGAAGAUUGUGAUUCCCUUCUUCAGCCUACUGAUCAAAGACAUCUACUUCCUGAAUGAGGGAUGUGCCAACCGCCUGCCCAAUGGCCAUGUGCAUUUUGCGAAAUUUGUGGAAUUGGCUCGCCAGGUGGGAGAGUUUAUGACGUGGAAACAGAUAGAGUGUCCGUUUGAGACAGACAGGAGCAUCCUCCACUACCUCCACACUGCUCCCAUCUUCAGUGAGGACGGCCUCUACCUGGCAUCCUAUGAGAGUGAGAGCCCAGAGAACCAGGUGGAGAAGGACAGAUGGAAAGCACUCAGGUCUAAUAUUCUGGUGAAGACAAAAGAGCUAAAAGAGCACCAUGGCAGCUAACCCUCAGGCCAGCCCAGCGAGGGAGGGAGGGAGUGUACUCAUUGCACUAGAACAAACUGUGAAGGAGCCUAGCUGGUACCGAGGUGUUUUUCUACACAUGAAGAAUAGAAGUGAUGAAACAAUAAUGAUGAACAGGAUUCAUCAACAUCAUUACCAGUAAAAACACAAUGGAAGAACAAAGGUCAACAAGCAGUGAAAAGUGAAGCUACUGUAUGGACACUAACUGGGGGAGUAUAAUGUCAUUACCUUUGGUUUGACUUUUGUACAUGGGGUACAUAAGGGAUAGAACAAUCCCGCAAUCUUGGUGUUUAUUUACUCUUUAUCAUCUUUCUUUUUCUCCCUCUCUCUUUCUUUGUCUCUCCCUCUUCCUUUCUUUCUUUCUCAUCUUUCUUUCUCUUCCCCUCUCUCAUCUUUCUUUCUCUCCAAAGCCUUGUGUAAGUUUUCUAUUGUACUGUUAGAAUCCUGUAAAAGUAAGAGUAACUAUGAUGUGAAGGGCGCUGGCUUGCCCACUUAGCUGCCGGACUGUGUUUGGUCCUCUACUACUGAAGACUACUACUAAAGACUACUACUGAAGACUACUACUAAAGACUACUACUAAAGACUACUACUAAAGACUACUACUAAAGACUACUUCUAAAGACUACUAUCGAUGACUUCUACUAAAGACUACUUCUAAAGACUAGUAUUGAUGACUUCUACUAAAGACUAGUAUUGAUGACUUCUACUAAAGACUAGUAUUGAUGACUUCUACUAAAGACUAGUAUUGAUGACUUCUACUAAAGACUACUUCUAAAGACUAGUAUUGAUGACUUUUACUAAAGACUAGUAUUGAUGACUUUUACUAAAGACUAGUAUUGAUGACUUUUACCAAAGACUAGUAUUGAUGACUUCUACUAAAGACUACUUCUAAAGACUAGUAUUGAUGACUUUUACUAAAGACUACUUCUAAAGACUACUAUUGAUGACUUCUACUAAAGACUACUUCUAAAGACUAGUAUUGAUGACUUUUACUAAAGACUACUUCUAAAGACUAGUAUUGAUGACUUCCACUAAAGACUACUUCUAAAGACUACUAUUGAUGACUUCUACUAAAGACUACUUCUAAAGACCUGUAUUGAUGACUUCUACUAAAGACUACUUCUAAAGACUAGUAUUGAUGACUUCUACUAAAGACUAGUAUUGAUGACUUUUACUAAAGACUACUUCUAAAGACUACUAUUGAUGACUUCUACUAAAGACUACUUCUAAAGACUACUAUUGAUGACUUCUACUAAAGACUACUUCUAAAGACUAGUAUUGAUGACUUUUACUAAAGACUACUUCUAAAGACUAGUAUUGAUGACUUCUACUAAAGACUAGUAUUGAUGACUUUUACUAAAGACUACUUCUAAAGACUAGUAUUGAUGACUUUUACUAAAGACUACUUCUAAAGACUACUAUUGAUGACUUCUACUAAAGACUACUUCUAAAGACUAGUAUUGAUGACUUUUACUAAAGACUACUUCUAAAGACUACUAUUGAUGACUUUCACUAAAGACUACUUCUAAAGACUACUAUUGAUGACUUUCACUAAAGACUACUUCUAAAGACUACUAUUGAUGACUUCUACUAAAGACUACUAUUGAUGACUUCUACUAAAGACUACUUCUAAAGACUACUAUUGAUGACGACUACUACUAAUGACUACUACUGACUACUACUGAGUACCAGGAACCACUGGAGAGACAUCCUGCAUUAUAUCAUUCCACAUACAUAAAUA